AUGAACAAGGAAUGUAGUGCCCUCAUCAAUAAAGACAUACUCAUGAAGAAAAGAGAUCCAGGGAGCUUUCAUAUUCUGUGUGCCAUAGGAGAGACAAAAAUUGACAGAGGGUUCUAUGACUUAGGAGCUAGCAUAAAUGUGAUGCCUCUAUCACUUAUAAAGAAGUUACAAAUCAAUGAGCUGAGAUCCACGGAUGUAAUCAUCCAAUUGGCAGAUAAAACUCAGAAGAAGGCUGAAGAAGUAGUUGAAAAUGUAUUGGUGAAAGUAGAAAACUACUUCCUCCCCACUAACUUUGUUGUUAUGGACAUGGAGGAAAGUUACCUUCAUCCCAUUAUUCUGGGGAGACCAUUUCUAGCUACUACCAGAGCCCUGAUAGAUAUGGAACAAGGAGAGUUAAUCCUGAGAAUACAUGAUGAAUACUUUACCUUCCAUGUGUUCAAACCUACAUCUGAGUCUGAGCCAGAAGCAAAAGAGUCAAGGAAUGAUCACAGCAACAUGUGUACAAAGGGAAGCAACAGUAAAUCAGCAGCUGAACGACUGAAAUAG